CAAACGACCUGCGAACACACUUGCCUCGUAAUGGAUGAUGAUGACGACCUUUUCCUCUACGGCGACUCUGCUGACACGGAGGAGCCUCCCUCGUCAGCUCCCGUUGCGCCUGCUCCUGUGCCUCAACCGCAACCUAUCUCGCUCGAACAAGUCGAGGCUUUCGCGACAAGCAAUGGCGUCGUUGCACAUCUCGAAGCAGAGGCCGCUGGCGAAGCGAACGGCAUAGACGAAGACGCGGAGGAGAACGGCGCAGAUGAGGAGGAAGAAGCAGAGAAAGAAGACGGCGGUGAGGAGGAAGAGGAGGACAGCGAAGACGAUGUUGAAAUUAUCAUGGAAGCCCCCAGUCGCUCCCUAGACUUCAGACAGCGACCCCAGCCGGGCAGACCAUCAGGAUCAUUCUCUACCCCUACCAGACCUCAACAAGCUCCCGCACCAACGCUCACGACCGAGUAUACUCCUCGGGAGCGCGGGAGCGCGACAAAGCCUCCUAUACUACAGUCUACUCCGGGGCCCUCACAAUCUACGCCGACACCAACAACCCCUGCGCCUCCGUCUGCGUCACAAGAGCAACAAAAGCCAUCGGACGGCGUAGAUCCUAACACAUUACCUCCCGCCGUAGCACCGCCUUCUCAUCCACAGAUAGAUCCCGAGGCACCAGGAACCUUCAAUGGGCAGUCAAUUCUCGAAGUCGACCUCAACGCGCUGUCGGACAAGGCGUGGCGGCGACCUGGGUCAGACAUCAGCGACUGGUUCAACUACGGAUUCGACGAGAUCUCGUGGGAGGCCUAUUGUCAUCGGAGGAAGGAAAUGGGAGAUACGGCAAACAUGCUGAAGGCUGCUGUCCUCAACUUUGCUGGUAUGCCAGAAGAGCAAAUCAACUCUCUACCUCCCGAAAUACGGACGAUGGUUAUUGCCAGUGCGUCCGCAAUGAUGGGUCCUGGAGCCAACGCUCCAGGAGGGGCGGGCAUGAUGCCUGGGGGCAUGAACAUGAACGGAGCCAUGAUGAAUCCCAUGAUGAACAUGGGCCCGAUGAUGGGCGGCAUGAUGGACAUGCCCGUCGACAUGGGCAUGGGCGGACAAGGCAUGAACAUGGGUAUGGGACCUGGCAUGGGUGGUGAGGGCAUGGGAGGCGGCGCAAUGGGUGGUCCAGGUAUGGGCGGUCAAGGUAUGGGCGGUCAAGGUAUGGGCGGUCAGGGCAUGCCAGGCCAGGGCAUGCCGGGACAAGGUAUGGGAGGACCCGGCAUGGGUGGUCCAACUAUGAAUGGCGGAGCACUGAGUGGUGGUGUUGCAAUGAGCUCAGGUGGUCAAGGACAGAUGCAGGGGCGUGCGACGCCAGACAUGCAGAUGGGAAUGGGCGGCGGGGAAGGCUUCAACGGCGGUGCACCUGGCCAAGGCGGCCAGAUGCCGAUGGGCGGAGAGUUUGGAAUACAGGGCGGUGACAUGAGCCAGCAAAUGAGCCAGCAGAUGUAUCCUGGAAGCGACGGAGCUGCUGGUGCACCAACGACUGGGUCUACCCCAACACGCGGCGGUACCCCAGGGCACUUCAGAGGGCGAGGAAUACCUCAGCAAGUUCCAUUGCGUGGCGCUCGCGGAGGAGGAUAUGCGGCGAGGGGGCGUCCUCUCCCUGUGAGACCCGCAUCACCGCUUCCACCGAACGUGCCGACAGGACCACGGAAUAAAAAUAAGUACAAAGACAUCGAUGGAAGCGCACCAGCUGUGGAGGGUUUAGACUACGGUGGCGGUAAGGAUAGGACGACACCUCCCGACUACGACGACCGCAACAGCGCCCGGAAACGUCGCAGCUCUCCUGGUUUGGAUGACCGGAGCUCGAAGCGACGAUAGCGUACAUUUCUCACGUAUAUUUCAGCGGCUGCCACCCUAUGCACAUGUCUUUGAUGCUUAUGUCCUUUUCCCAUUGUUCUACUUUGGGGUGCGACGGUCAUCCGAUAAGUUUUGUUCUUGUAUGUUGCGAACUGAGCAUGUACCGAUAGGUAUGCAUGUUUCUGUACAGAUGUGGCGAUGAGGAAACUCAAGUUUUUUGGCAUUC